CUGGCGGUAGCACCUGUUGCGGAGCGUUAAUGUCGGUUGAACAUUCAUGAAGAAUUAGUCCGAGGAUAUCAGAUUCGAAGGGAUAUUAAUCGGUGAAUUCGUUCCCAUAGUCCUAGUGCAGUGAAAUAUGUUUACGCCGUCGAAUAGUGGUACCACGCGUGCUGUUCCCCAAAACAGGCUACUUAUUGCCUCGCUUGUUUACGUUGCACUUCUAGCUGAUAACAUAUUGUUGACUGUUGUUGUGCCCAUUUUACCGGAUUACCUAUCGCAUUUUCUGGAUAACAGAACAUUGGUGACGUCGCAUGCAAUAAGUGUACAUCCCAGACCAGAUGUUCAUCAUGCACCUAAUGUUGUCGGGAAACAUCCGAUAGCUGGAAAGACUCAGAUUAACUUCUCCAUACCGAAUGAGGAGAGCUAUGAUGAGAUAGUCCCCGUCGCGCCAAACAUCGAUGAAGUUUUGGAAAGCGAGAAUGGGUCAAUUGGCCUCCUGUUAGCCAUGAAAGCUUUGGUUCAACUUAUCACUAAUCCAAUUGUCGGAAAUCUCUCGAUACGACUGGGAUACAGGAUACCAAUUGUUUUUGGCACUCUCUGGCUGUUGCUGUCCUCAUUGAUAUUCGCUCUGGGCGAAACAUAUGUUACAUUAUUGAUCGCCCGGGCUAUCCAAGGAAUCGGAUCUGCCUGUAUUGGAGUGUGCGGAAUGAGUCUGGUUGCUCAACUUUACCCAGAAGAUGAUAAAAGGUCAAGGAUUAUGGGUGUAAUUCUUGGUAGCAUCGCUCUCGGUGUACUUAUUGGAUAUCCAUUUGGAAGCUUCUUGAAUGACUUCGCUGGAAAAUCAACACCUUUUUAUAUUUUAGCAGUGUUUAUCUUUGGGAACUUCAUUGCGCAGAUGUCCUUGAUGGAUCUAUCCGUUAAACCAGAGGUUACCAUCGAAGCUGAUAAACCUAAAUGGAAACCCCUCUUGCGGAAUAAAAUGGUUAUUGCCAUCGUAAUAGCAAUAUGGAUGUCGACUUCAACAAUGGCGAUGCUGGAACCAUGUCUCCCUAUUUGGCUAAUGGAGCAUUUGCAUCCGAAAAAAUGGCAACUUGGAACAGUUUUCAUUCCAGAUUCAUUGGGUUAUUUCAUUGGAACUAACUUUUUUGGUGCGAUUGCGUAUAAUGUUGGACAGAUAAAAGUAUCUUGCAUAUCGCUUGUGAUUGUUGGAUUGUCAUGCCUUCUAAUUCCGGAUGCCACAACAGUAUAUAGACUGUUGCUACCACACUUCGGUUUGGGAUUAGGGAUAGGAAUAAUUGAUGCAGCGUUGGUUCCAUUAUUGGCUUCAUUUGUUGACACCAGUCUGAAUGACGACGAAUCAACAACAAGCGACUCCAUGUCUAGUUAUGGAACAGUUUAUGCAAUACAGCAGACAUCUGUGAGUCUGGCAUAUUGCUUAGCUCCGUUAUUUGGAGGCGAAUUAGCCGAAGCUAUUGGUUUUCCCUGGUUGAUGCGGCUAGUAGGUCUCAUUAAUAUCCUUUAUGGUCCAGUAUUGUUAUUACUUUAUUCACAAAGUAAAGGAAAGCCAACUUCUUCCGACAAAAGCAAUCAAAUGCUACUGGGUGGAGCAACUGAUGAAGCCUCUAAUGAUUAUAAAAGAUUGUAUAAUACUGUUACUGAAUAAUGUGUAAUUUGAAAGGUUUUUAAAUUUUAAUGUUUUCAUGCAAUAAAAGCUUUAAUAUCCUAUUGUAUUAUAUGUAUAAACAUAUCUGUUGUAUUAACAUACAAUUUCUAGA